UGGUCCUCUCCCGGGGGAGGAGAGGUAGAAUCCCGGCGACGCGAGCGGAGUCGGAGGUCUUCGGAGCGCAACAUGGGCGCGUUGGGCGGAAAGCGAUUUUUGCUUGGGACUAUAAGCUGCACCCUCUUCUUGGCUGUUAACAGCUUGUAUUCUUCCAGUGAUGAUGUUAUAGAUCUGACACCAACAAAUUUCAACAGGGAGGUCAUUCAGAGUGAUAGUUUAUGGCUAGUAGAGUUCUAUGCACCAUGGUGUGGCCACUGCCAAAGACUGACAUCUGAAUGGAAGAAAGCUGCAACUGCCUUAAAAGGAGUUGUGAAAGUUGGGGCAGUUGAUGCAGAUAAACAUCAAUCUCUUGGUGGUCAAUAUGGUGUUAAAGGGUUUCCCACUAUCAAGAUAUUUGGUGCUAACAAGAACAAAGCAGAAGACUAUCAAGGAGCCAGGACUAGUGAUGCUAUCGUUGAUGCUGCUCUAAGUGCUGUCCGGUCACUUGUAAAAGAUCGUCUUAGUGGCAGAGGUGGUGGAUACAGCUCUGGAAAACAGAGCAGUCAUGAAAGUGGAGGCUCCAGCAAAAAGGAUGUGAUUGAACUGACAGAUGAUACCUUCGAUAAGAAUGUGCUGGACAGUGACAGUGUCUGGCUGGUAGAAUUUUAUGCUCCUUGGUGUGGACAUUGCAAAAAUUUAGAGCCGGAAUGGGCAUCAGCUGCAACUGAAGUGAAGGAGCAAACAAAUGGAAAGGUUAAACUAGCUGCUGUAGAUGCUACUGUGCACCAGAUAUUAGCCAGCCGAUAUGGGAUCCGCGGGUUUCCGACAAUAAAAAUUUUCCAGAAGGGAGAAGAACCUGUUGACUAUGAUGGUGGAAGGACAAAAUCAGAUAUUGUUGCUCGGGCUCUGGAUUUGUUUUCAGAGAAUGCACCACCCCCUGAGCUCUUAGAGAUUAUUAACGAAGAUGUCUUAAAGCAAACAUGUGACACUCACCAACUUUGUAUUAUUUCUGUUUUGCCCCAUAUACUUGACACAGGAGCCGCAGGUAGAAAUGCCUAUCUGGAAGUCAUGUUGAAAAUGGCAGACAAAUACAAAAAGAAGAUGUGGGGGUGGGUGUGGACAGAAGCUGGAGCACAGUCUGAUCUUGAAAAUUCCUUGGGUAUUGGUGGCUUUGGCUAUCCAGCUAUGGCAGCCGUUAAUGCUCGAAAGAUGAAAUUUGCCCUCCUGAAAGGCUCUUUCAGUGAACAAGGGAUUAAUGAAUUCCUAAGGGAACUUUCUGUUGGACGAGGGUCCACAGCACCGGUUGACGGAGGGGCUUUUGCCAAGAUUAACCCAGUGGAGCCCUGGGAUGGCAAAGAUGGUGAGCUCCCAGCUGAAGAGGAUAUUGAUCUCAGUGAUGUAGAUCUUGAUGACUGGGAUACUCAGAAGGAUGAAUUGUGAGAGCCUGAAGAUAACUUUAUUUCUUGAGAGACAUUGUGAAGUGGUUGGAUAGAAGAAUGUUUUGCAUCACACAGAUCUACCAGUGGCCUUUUUGCUGAGAGAAAAGCUGUUGGAAAUACGGUCAUUAGUGAACUGAGCACCUCUUAAGAAAAAAAUCUCACAAAUUCUAUGAAUUUUUUUUAUUGAGUAAAAUUGUAUCCGGUGCAACAGAUAUUUUGAGAACAACACUGAUCUUUCAUUGAAAUGCUCCUGCUUUGUUUUUUUGUCUAGCUGGUAUGUGAUGGUCAACUGUAACUUGAGACUUUUGUUGUACUUAGUUUUAAAAUGUGAUCUUUUUUCUCCAUCCCCAAGGUAUAGCUUUCAUUUCAAUGAAAGAAUAAAACAAUAUUUUUGACUCUC